CCUUUAUUGCCCCCUUCUGUUCAGCAGUUGCAGUAGAUUACAAGCGCCUCCAAACAAACAAACAAGCAAGAAGCUAAAUUUUGAAAAUUGGGACCCACCCACCCAUCUCAUCUAACUCAGCUUCUAUUAUUUAUAAACCCUUUUAAUUGAAUCAAAGUUUUCUUUACUUUCUUUCUUUCUCUCUUUCUUCUGUGCGAAUCAAAGAAGAUGAGCUCUGAAGGAGGAACUAGCACCUUCAUUAUUAAAUGGAUCAAUUUUCUCACUGUGCUUAUUGCAUUGGGAGUGAUUGGAUUUGGAAUAUGGAUGAGCAGUCACACUGAUGGUUGCAGAAAAUCACUCACUCUUCCUGUUCUAGCACUUGGUGCUCUUAUACUUGUAAUAUCAUUAAUUGGGUUCUUGGGGGCAUGGAAGAACAACUCCAUCUUAUUAUGGAUUUACUUGAUACUACUAUGCUUGAUCCUUGUGGCAAUUUUGGUCUUUACCGUAUUGGCAUUUAUCGUGACAAAUAAUGGAUCUGGACACAAGGUAGCUGGGUUAAGAUAUAAAGAGUAUCAACUGCAAGAUUAUAGUUCGUGGUUUCUUAGAGAACUAAAUAAUAGCCACAACUGGAAGAAUUUGAAGGCCUGUCUUGUGAAGUCUAAGGAUUGUGCUAAUCUGUCCAAGAAGUACAAGACUUUGAAGCAGUACAAAGCUGCAAAGCUGACACCGAUCGAGGCUGGUUGUUGCAGGCCGCCGUUUGAGUGUGGAUACCCUGCUGUCAAGGCAUCCUAUUAUGAUUUGAGCUAUCGCCCGGCCAGUUCGAACAAAGACUGCAAGUUGUACAAGAAUGCGAGGACCAUUAAGUGCUACAAUUGUGAUUCCUGCAAGGCAGGAGUUGCUCAGUACAUGAAAACCGAGUGGAGGGUGGUUGCGAUAUUCAAUGUGAUCCUUUUCUUUGUUUUGUCAAUAGUGUACUUUGUGGGAUGUUGUGCGAGGCGAAAUGCUGCUUCGAGUUGCUCAAAAGGUCGAUGAAAAUGGCGGUGAUUUGUCGAGGAUUGAAAUAGAACACAAUGAAGCUCUUUAUUUUGUAGGCUGUUGAAGAAGAGCUUGGAUUGUAGAAUUCCUUUAAUUUGAUGUAUAAUUUGCGAUGACCCUGUAAUUGUGGUCAUUAAAGCAUGUGGAACUUUUUUUGAUUGAAAAGAACUUUGAGAAAAUCACUAAUGCAUGAGUUUAAGAAUUCAAAUACUUAGUUCAUAAGUAUCAUCACUUCUACUCCUAUGUCCCACUCGUUUGCAACAUUUAAGUUUAAACUCUCUCUCGGAAAUCCAAAAUGUUGCUAAUUGAGUAGGACAAAAGAGUAUUUUACGAGCUAUCUGAUGUACUUGGUCUUCGGUUGUUUUCCUAUGUAAAGCAAUGGGACAAGUAUAAUCGAGAAAGUACCCCAAAUAACAUGUUUCUGGAUUUUGUGCAUCUUUUUUUCUUGACAUCCUACCAAAUUCAAUCACGUGAAAAUGAUAGGAUAUCAGAAGUCAACGUGAUAAGAUUUACUUCUUAUUUCAAGGGGAAUAUUUAGCAUUAUAUGUGGAGGACAUGAAUUGCAUCUGCACAUCUAUCUUAACAUAUUUUGGGCUUCAACCAUCGGCUUAAAGAUCCCAGGAUAUGUUAUAUCAGCUGGUCUUGGACGAGACGGCCGUAUAACGAGACCGUUAAUUUGGGUCGGCCCAAUUCGCGCGUGUAUCAACCUCACAUGCUUUCUCUCGUUUUUUUUCAUUUUCUAGGCAUUUCUCAAUUUUAAUCUUAAAGGUAUCA